CAGUCGGCCGCCAGAACCGCUUUCAUGAGGAUAGAUGAAAUUCUUUUUUUUUUUGACCAGUUAGGUACUUGUUGAUUUUGACAAUUUGAUUGAAUAUGAUGACUUCGUGCCUACACUGCCAGCAGACCGGAAAGGGAGAGGGAGAAGCAGGGACAGGCGGACGUCCACUUUUGGAGAAACUGUUACCGGGGGGAUAUGCCCAUCUGGUGUGCUCCUAUGAGGAGACGGCACAGACUCAGUUCAGGGCUCAUAUCAAACUGAGAAUUACGUCACAAGAUGAGGUUCAUAAAUGGCUUGAAGAUUUCCAAACCUCCUCCGGGCUGACCUGGAGGAAGUCUAAAACGUAUCCAAACACUGGACGUUACAACGCCUACAGGGUGGACUUACGGUGUCAACACAACACGUUUCCCAGAACUUUUGUGAAAAAGACCAAAAAUACGUCAUGUGGUGCCACAAUGUAUUUGGUCCUGAAAAGACACGUACACAGCCAAAACAGGAAGUCGAGAUCCGGGGAUCCUCACAUUAAAGAUGGCUACCUACUGAACGUCAACCUCAGACACGAGCACAACCACCGGCUGUCGUGUGCGGACGCCGUGCGGAAGCGAGACGUCUCGGGCGAGACCAUCGCCAAACUGAAGACCCUCUUCGAGAACGGACACACCCCCUCCUCAGCGCUGGACACCAUCAAAUACGACCUGCAGGAGCAGGAAGGAGAAAACUACAUCAACGCCGCUGCAGACCGCUCCAUCUGCCCCGACGUUCAGUUCUGUUACAGGCUUUACUACAAACUUUUCCAGAGAGCAGGCAGUGAAAGUGUUUUGCCAGACGCAGGUGACGGCACUAACGUGAACUCCAGUCCUGAACAAGACACAUCUGUAGAACAUCUGGAGGAGAUGAUCCAGCAGUUCUGCAAGAGUCUCACAGACAAACUAAAAGAAGAUCCUCAAACCUUCACGGCGCCGAUCUGUACCUUUCUGGGAACCUACAACAAAAUGAACAACAGCUCUCUCACCACGGCGCUGCACUGUUUCGGGAAAGCGCCGCAGCUGAAAUCAAAAACUCUGCAGUCGUCGAAAACGUUGGGCGUACAGCCGACGGCGAUCGCCAGGAGGAAGGCGGCGCUGGGAGGAAGACGAGCGGCGAUACCCGGCCGACCUCUGAAGUGCUCGAGGAAGGAGCAGCAUCCGUACUCCAAAAAACAGCAGAGCAGCACAACCGAACCUCAGACUGUAUCAAACUGCGUAGAAGAGAACACACCUGUCAGCGGCGAUCACUAGUGCAGCUGCAGUGCUCUUCAUCUUCAUCCUCAUCCUCCCCAUCGUUUCCACAGGACGGACACUCAGUGAUGUUACAUGUCGUCUCAUCCGCAGCUCGUGUUUGUUAUUCAUCAUCUUUUAGAACCGGUUUAGUUUUUAUAGCAUUUUGUUCUGUGGUCAUCACAGUCAGUGGUUCUCAAAGUAGGGUUUGGGGACCCUCAGGGGUCCUUGAGGUGGUUCCAGGGGGUCUCCAGCAAAAAGAGGAUUCAUUUAUUUUCACUAUGAUUCCUUCCAUAAGUAACACAAAGACAGAAUUGGGUUUCAUACACUUUGUGUAAUUAAACAUCUAAAAUCUGAUCAGACGAGGAUCCUUCACCACUGAACGACAUUUAAUUCACAGGAUGGAAACUCAGAAACACCAGGAGACUUAUUCUGAGAUAAUGUGACCGUGUUUUCCCAUUUUCACUCAAAAUGUUUGUCAAUAAACAUUGUUUACUGUAAAAA